AUGCUGAGGAACGUUCCAAAGGCAACUUCGUUUGCCCAUAGUUCGAAGAUGACGUUUCAGUCUUGUCUGACUGCCAACAACGUUUUCAAGCGUCCGAGCUCUCUACACGUUGCAGAGAAUGCUCGUGGUAUGUACAGUGGAUCCCGAGCAAGAAGUUUCCAUAUGUCUCAGCGUAAUAACUCUAACAACAGUGGAAGUGGAGUUAAUCAAGUGUUUGCUAAGAUUCCGGAGAUUAAGGAGUACACUCAGAAUGUGUCCAACAAGCGUCAGUUGCCAUACUAUAAACAGCUGAUGGCAUUUGAUGAUUGUCUUACUCAUAAUUCAUCGUUUGACAUCUCCACGGGUCGUAUUAUUGGCUCUAGCAAACAAUUCUGGGACUCUGUAAAAAGGAUUAUGCCACUCUAUGAAGAGCUAAUGUCCACUGGAGAGAUGACUGAACGUAGGAUGGAUGAAAUGGUUUCGUUAUUACGUAAUGGUCUUAGAGUUCAUCGUUGGGAACUCACCAAACUUAACAAGAAUGUUGAUAAGGACCUCAACACUCCUUUGCAACAGUUGCACGAGCUUUUGAAGAAGUCUCUAUUGAAAGUCAGUUCAGACAUUGUUAGUGCAGACAGCUCAGUUAGGAUCAGCGCUCGUGGACUUACCAAUCUUUUUAAGGCUUUCAAAGAUAUGGGAUUAGCAGAUGAAGCUGCACAAGUUUGGAAUCGUGGUAAGAACAACGAGAAGUUGUACGAGUUGUUUACUGCAGAGUCUGUUUUAGGAUCUGUCUUUUCGUUGUUUGUCGACAACAACGACUUUGACUUCGAUGAGAUUUGGGCCAUCUAUUCUAGAAUCAAAGCCUCCAAGCCAUCCUACGAGAAGAUUCACGGAGAGCUACAGAUUGCUAUGGUCAGAGCCUGUCUUUUGAAAGGUCAUACUGAAGAGGCUUUGAAGAUUUUCACUGAGGUGACUUCAAAUGUUCUUCAGGAAUUCAAUGAGAAGAAUAUGGAUCCACCUUCUCGUCUUAGGAGUUAUAUGACAACUGCCCACAUGUCAUUCAUAGGCUACUGUCAAGACUUUGAGACCUCGAACGUUUUUUUUAAGGGAGCUUUGAAAGGGGACUUACCGUAUUUGACUCCUCUUCAGAUGAACUUUGUCAAAAGAUUCAUGCAUAAUACCUGGAAUAACACUAGAAACUUCGAUCAUGUUACAGAUAUCUGGUUAUCGACGUGGAAGUACUACGAAUCUCAUCAUCGAUCAAACUCCUCGAUCUCUUCAUCGUUGAACGAUACCUUUUUGGAUAUCUUCUUUACAAGGUACCCUAACUUUGACGUUGAAUCUUCGAGAGCUUUGAAAAAAGUACUGGCCGAUUACAGCGAAAUUAGACAGAUGGAUGAACCUUUCUUCAACUGUCUAUUGACAAAAUCGAUGGCUUGGAAGAAUACCAACUUCUUCAAAUCGAUCAUGCGUGCUGCCGAAAUGUACCACUUCCCAAAGACUAAUGUGUUUUACAGAUGUUCAUUGAAAGCAUCAGGAGCUGUGGACUUACCAAGCGACCAGAUCUUCAAUGUCUUCUAUAAACUCCUCGAUUCCAACGUUGAGAUGGGCUCUAGGCAGAUCACAAAUGCCGACUGGUUCGCACUACGUGAUGCUACAGUCCGUUCUCAUCACAUCAACGCAGAGAAAAUUGAUCUCUACUUCAAGUUGUGGAAGCUUUCUUCUCUUUUCUUUGUUAGCUUACAGAAUUUGAAGCUCUAUGUGGGUCUCGAUAUGAAGUUGAAUCGGGCCUACGGUAGAGUUUUUAGAGAGAUCGAAUACGUUGAUGCUUCCGAUAUUCAUUUACCACAACUAAGGUUCUUUUCCCGAAACAGGGCCAUCGGCAAUUACUACAUGUCUCAGAACAUUAAUUUGUAA